CACACUGAUACGAGUAAUUUCUCUUUCAUCAGCGAGUUUGUGUUGUUCGCGCGAAGAAUAGAAAGAUGGAGGAGAAUGAAGAUGAAAACCAAAACAAUGAAAACAAGAAAAGUUCCGUUGUGAUAAGAAUCCCUUCAUAUCAAGAAGUAAUUGAAAGUUCACAAACAAAAUCAACUCAACAACUCUUCGUUCCAUCUCAAACUUUUUCCGAAGCUUUUGCGUUUAUCAAAUCCUCAGAGUUCUACUCUCCACCUCCUUCACUUCCAAAGGAAAAUAAUCAACCGAACGCUUCAUCUUCAACACCGUCAACAUCAUCAUCUACUGCUACUACUAAUGUUCAUGCAGAUUCAUCAAAAUUGCUGAAUUCUCAACCUACUCAAAAUCGUAAUGCGAUUCUUGUCAGCAAUAGACAGAAGGGAAAUCCUUUGCUCAAACAUAUUAGGAACGUUAGAUGGACAUUUGCUGAUGUUGUUUGUGAUUUCUUGCUUGGCCAAAGCUCAUGUGCUCUCUAUCUCAGUCUUCGGUAUCAUCUGCUUCACCCAGACUAUUUAUAUUACAGAAUAAGGGAAUUGCAGAAGAAUUUCAAACUUCGUGUGGUUUUAUGCCAUGUUGAUGUGGAGGAUGUAGUGAAGCCUCUACUUGAAGUUACAAAAACAGCUUUGCUUCAUGACUGUACCCUCUUAUGUGGAUGGAGCCUGGAGGAAUGUGGUCGUUACUUGGAGACCAUAAAAGUCUACGAAAACAAACCUGCAGAUAUUAUUCAAGGCCAAAUGGAUUCAGACUAUCUUUCGCGGCUAACACAUGCGCUAACAUCAGUUCGGCAUGUCAACAAGACUGAUGUAGUUACCCUUGGUACCAACUUUGGGUCUCUAUCUAACAUAAUGGGUGCAUCUAUGGAGGAUCUAGCUCGUUGCCCUGGCAUAGGAGAGCGCAAGGUCAAGCGCUUGUUUGACACUUUCCAUGAACCGUUCAAGCGUGUGGAAUCUAGCCGGCAAGCCAUUCCAGAGACUUCUGUCCAGAAUAAGCCAGCUAGCCCAGAUACAUCUUUUAGGAACAAUGCUGAAUCUUCCUCUUCUCUUGAAGGCAAACAGAAGGAUGUAGACAAUGCAAGCAAACGUAAGAAGAAAGAACCCGAACUUACUGUCAAAUCUGCCCUUUCCGAAGCUUUUGCCAAAUUAGCUGAAAGAGGAAAGAGAAACACCACUUCAAAAUUGAAGGAGAAAGGAGAAUCAAUUGUUGUCAGAGAAUCAGAUGCUGAAACGUAAAAUUACUGCUGAUAUUAUCAGUGGAUGUUUAAUAGUUUUCCCUUGAGCAAGAAAAUGUCAUGAAAUUUAGAGGGGUUAUAUCUACAUGAAUUUAAGUGAUGGUGGACUGUGAUAAGGGAAACGGCUGUAGCAACUAACUGAACGGGUAGUUAGUUGGUUGUAACAUGACAACUGGACUUUUAGUUGGUUAGGACAAGCUUUAACUGAAUGGGAAUGAAGAGAAGGGGGCUUAUAAGGUAUAACACUAAGAAUAUAGGGAUGAUUGGAUUUAAUUUAUAGUUAUUGAGUGGGAGAGCCUAUCAAAAUUCUUGGGUUGAAAGAUAUAUACAGCUUUUGUACUGUCUACCUCAUCCCCAUGAUUCCGAAAUCACAUUGAUUCAGAAUUGAGGGGAAGAGCUUCAUCAAUAAUAGUUUCCGUUGUUUGAUUGUUUC